UUUUCUGUUUUUUCCCGAGAAAAUUUUGUCCUCCCUUUCCUACCCCCCAUCAUUUUCUCUCUCCCCAAACAUCCACCCGCCAACCCAAACCCCCUCCCCUCCUUCACUCCUUCCCCCUUUCCCUAAGCCGGAAAAAUCAUCAACAGCCCAGAAGAAUUUUCCGGCCUACUUGCAGAAUGGUGUCCCUUGAAGGCACCAAUAUUUGGUCUCAGUUCGAUUCCUUGAUCGACGAUAUCCCGGUCAAUGACGGGAAUUUUACUUCUGCUCCAUAUUCCGGGUUCACUUGGUCAACGCAGCCAAUUAACCCUCCUUCUAAUGUUUUCAGUGUGGAAGUUGAUGGUUCUCUUGGGAAUUCAGAAGGGCAAAAGGAAUCAGGCUCAAAGAAGAGGGUUAGAUCUGAUUCUUGCAAUGCAACUAGCUCCAAAGCAUGUAGGGAGAAGCUGCGUAGGGAUAGACUAAAUGACAAGUUUCUGGAAUUGGGUUCUAUUCUGGAGCCUGGAAAGCCUCCCAAGACUGACAAGGUUGCUGUUUUGAUUGAUGCUGUGAGAAUGGUGAAUCAGUUACGUGGUGAAGCCCAGAAAUUGAAGGACUCAAACUCAAGUCUUCAGGAAAAGAUUAAAGAGUUGAAGGCUGAAAAGAAUGAGCUUCGUGAUGAGAAGCAGAGGCUGAAGGCUGAGAAGGAGAAGCUGGAGCAGCAACUAAAAGCAAUGAAUGCUCAACCUAGCUUCUUGCCUGCCCAUCCUGCAGUCCCAGCCGCAUUUGCUGCUCCUGCACAAGGCCAAGCUCCUGGCAACAAGUUGGUCCCGUUUAUUGGUUAUCCAGGAGUGGCAAUGUGGCAGUUCAUGCCUCCUGCUGCUGUGGAUACCUCACAGGACCAUGUACUCCGCCCGCCUGUUGCUUAAGCGGGCAACCAAUAACCAUUAGGCCUUGCGUGCAUUUGACUCAGAACAAUUGUAUUCAUUUUCCAUUGUUGGCCGAGCUGUUUUAGAUUUUGCUGAACUGUUGUAGCUGGAUUUGGUGGGUGAGUAUGUAUGUGCUCUUCUAUCAUUUAAUGUUGGUAACCCGCAUGUAAAUUUUAAUGAUUGUCACUGUGCCCUGUCCCAUACUCAAGCCAUCCAUACCACAAAUAGUGAAAGAGCGCACCCUCUCUCAGUUGAUCAUGCAUCAAGGAGAAGCCAUAUUAAGUUUGGAAUCUCUGCCUUUUUGAGACUUUGUGGAUGGGUAAGCAUACGAACUUACAUUCCUUUGAUAAAUUAAAAUUAUUUGG